GUUUGUAAAGAAUUAUAUAUAGAAAAACUGUCAUUCAUAUUUUUAUUCAAGUUAACAUGAACUGUUUACAGAAUUUAAGCACAUCCUAUAAAACAUCUCAAAAUGGCAACUAAAAAAGGACUAUUACCAUUUAGGGUCACAAAUAGGAAGUGAAAUUAGAAGGAGGCAAAGAGUUGAAAUUCAGCCGAGAUGCAGUGAUUGGUAAGAAAAGAAGGAAGUACAGAAACCGUUAAGACUAUUGGUCAGAUAUGUGGAAAAGUUGAGAUGACUGGUGAAAAUCGUACGUCUUCAUAAAAUUUCCGAAGUGAGAACAUUUGCAUUAAUGGUGUCAAUCGCACGGGUGACUUCUGAAUCACAUGUAAACAAACGCAAAGAGAAUAAUUUAAAAAUCUUAAUUGAUGCACCGUUCUAGAACCUCUAAUUAAAUUUAAAAAACAAUUAUCUCUUUGUAUUUAUUGGGAUUACAUUUUCCUUUUUGCACCUUUGUUUUUUUAUGUCUGAUUAUGAAGUAAGGCAGUAAUUAAUAUAAAGGGUAAAUGUGCAAAAUCUUCAUUUGUUUGUAGACAUUGUAGAGAAAUUAAACAAAUAUUUAAAACUUUUUGAGCAGCAUCUUUUUUCUGCAAGUUUAAUAUUAACGAACUGUCGUGUUUUUUUUUUUAAGUAUAAAAUGAAUAGUGUUUGUUUUUCUGGCAGAUUCGACAUCAGUGCUACUUGUGACCUUUACAGUGGCCUCUGGGAAAUUUACUGUUAAUUGAAUGAAUAUGAAUAUUAUCAAAUAUCAGCAGUUUUAAGGUUGAAUGUGGGAGCGUGAAUGUUUUUUGUUAAGGAGUAAAUUUCUGAGGUCAAAAUUUGAGCUGAUAAAUUAUUUUUCACCAAAAUCCUCCCAUCUGUGAAGCUGAGUUCACUUUUAGGGUGUGUUGUUUGAGUCAUUUUGACCACAUUGAAUCCUCCUUAAAGAAAAAUAUUCCACCUGGAGAAAUAAGGGCAGCAUGAUAUUUGAGUUUCCCAUCAAUUUUUUUAUGUUUCCUUGUAUUUUAUGUAAAUAUUUAUAAUUGUUUUUAACCAUUAAAGUGUAAAGCAUCAUGUGAAGUACCGUAAAUGGCCACACGGGAGCAGUGUAUGUAUAUACUGCACAUCAUCACAUUGAAUCACUCCAUUUCUUCUUCCUCUGUAAAACUGUUGUCUUACAAGUUUUACUGUGUGAAACAAGAUUAUAAAUCUGUUCACAUAUGUUCUUAAGUUGUACAAAACAAUCUUCUUUUACAUGUAGUAAUGAAGUGUCCAAAAUCUUCCAACACAGAAGAGGGACAAUUCAGGAUGUUUAAUGUAAAGUGUUUGAAAGGUUAUAAAUUCAUAUUUUAUCUCCAGUACAUAACAGAAUCCAGAUUUGUUGGUUCUGGAGGCUAAAGCUAAAGGUUUUUAAAGKUUAUCCUAAUUAUAAUUUUUGACCCCUAAACAAUCUGCAUGUUUGCAUAAUUURAACRAUAACCUGCAAUAGAGCAGUAAAGUUGUAUGAGAUGUAGAAAUGUUACUACUCUAGCACUAAAUAUUUGAUAUUAGAAAUAUUUGAAUACUGUAAAGGUAUACUUUUGGUCUCGGCAUUUGGUCAAGCUAAUCUGUGUUUGUGCUAAAUUCCUUUACAGCUGAUAGACUCCGUUUUAAAGCUACUAGCCUUUUUGUCCAGGUAAUCAGUCCCAUAAGUAGUUUGCUCCUUAUAAUAGUGUCAUGGGCAUUUAUUUCAUUUCAUUCUAAAUUUCUGUCAAAUUAACACAAAAUUUGCUCCACAACAACAAAAACAAGGAUCUUGAGUAUGUGCAUUUUUCGUUUCCCCUUGAGAUAUUUUUGUCCGUCUCUGACAAUUUCAUGUAUUGCUGAAUCUUUUGCUAAUCAUGUACAACUUGAAUCCUUUGGAACUUUUACAAAUAUCCAAGUCUGUAAUGAUUCCUCAACGGAUUCGAGUGCCUUGAUUAUUGAAAUUCMUUGAGGCAAAUUAUUUGCCUCGAAGCUUCAUUAAAAUAUAUUUUACUAUUUAGUGAUUAUUUGUGUUGCACAACACUCUGACUUCCGCCUACGAGUUGUUGGCGAAAGCUAAGUGAUAGCAGCACAGUGUCCAGUUUUCAAGUUCAGAUUUCAUUGAGUUAUGGUAAUGACCAGGUUUUUAUUGUUUUUUUUGGGGGGCGGGGGGCAAAUACGCAUUCCUAAAUUGACUGGUGCGAUGCCUGGAGUGUGGCCGCCCUUUGCCUCCUGGAGCUGCUGCCUGGUUCAGAGUGAACCCGGCAGCGAAGUGCGCAGCGGGUGUAUUUUACAGGUGGAGCGAAUAACAUGGUGGGCUGCUGUAGCUGAGACCCAGUGUAGCUUUUACAGACGAACCAGAAAAUAAAUUUCUUACAAUCCCGGCUGUAACAAACGGUUUGGUGGUAUAAAUAUUUUUUUCUGUGUUGCAAAGGARCCAAAUCCCGUUGCUAACAUGGACACAAAAGCUAAAUGGCUGGAGAGUUAAUCUAUUAAAGUGAGAGUUCAUCUAUUAAAGUGGCUGAAGAUAAAUACAUAAACUAAAAACUAAAAUAUAGACAUUUUUAGAAGUGUAUUUGUGAACCUGUCGCUUUAUUAUUAAAUUGGAUAAAAUUUCUGAUUUUUGUACAUAUUUUGUCCAUGUUAAAAAGUCAGCCAUUAAUGUCAGGUUAAUUUUCUAAACUACAGCAAAGUAGUURGGGACGCACAAAUAUGAAAAUUUGGGCCAAUGAUGAUAUCCGAUACUACUGCUGUUAUGGCAGUAUAAAUAAAGUUUUUUUUAAUUGUCAGAAUAAUCGUUUAUAACRGUGCUAGUCGUAUGCGUGUUAUGAAUUUGCUCGACUAAAAAUUGUCCCAAUAAUUAUUGUAAUUAGUAAAAUACUGUUUAAUGAAYAGGGGGCUAAAAUGGCUUCCAGCCCAGGGGCCCACACGUUUGUAAAUCCGGCCCUGCUAACAGAAUUUCGUUUUAAAAAUCCUAAACUAUGGCGGUACUGAAGCACCACCGAGUCCUGACCCGUCCUCUCGGRAUGACGGAGGGAUAGUUGUCCUUGCAGCAGUUUUGUCCCGGUCCAGUUCCUGACCGCUGAAGGUAGUUCCUCCUCCUCUUCCUCCUGGUCYUCUCCCUCCUCCUCUGCAGGAGUUUUCACGCAGAGCCGCCGUCGGCGGGCAGGUGGGGGCGUCCCCGCAUGAAUUAUUCAAAACAGCCUCCGCCUCCACCAAUCCGCAGCCAGCUUCCCGCUCUGUCGCGGGAUAAAUUAUGCGGGAUCGUGGAGAUCCGCAGUCCUUUUGUGUGCCGCUGAGAUGAGCUGACCUUGGACUGCAUCCGUACCGCUGCGGGGCUCAGGCUGUGCGGGACUUCCAGCUUCUCUACYGGGCCGCUAGGAGUGGAGGCACCGGUCCGAGGCGGUGAGGCGGCGGCUGGACUCCGGGCUGUUUUAGUUAGUAAACCCGCAGCAGGAUGAAUGCGUCGUGCUACACCGUGGCCAUGGAUUUAGGCGUUUGCCAGCUGAGAAAUUUCUCCAUCUCGUUUCUGUCGUCGCUGCUGAGCUCAGACAGCUCUCGGCUGAAGCUCGACAGCAGCUCGUCCGGAGCCAGCGUGGUGGCCAUCGACAACAAGAUUGAACAAGCAAUGGACCUGGUGAAGAGCCACCUGAUGUACGCCGUGCGCGAGGAGGUGGAGGUCCUGAAGGAGCAGAUCAAGGAGCUGAUCGAGCGAAACUCGCAGCUGGAGCAGGAGAACACGCUGCUGAAGACGCUGGCCAGCCCAGAGCAGAUGGCUCAGUUCCAGGCCCAGGUCCAGACCGGCUCGCCGCCCGCCCCGCAGACCACCGCGCCCUCUGGACCGCCCAGCGCCGCCGCCACCGGCCUGGCCCAGCCCGCCUCGCACAGCGCUGGCCCCUCGGCGUAGCCCGACAACACAAACUGAGCGACCUCUCACGUUUUAGCGGCUGCGGCGCCGCAGUUUGCCUUCCUCAGCCGGAGGUCGACGCUGUCAAGACGAGAAUUUGCACAUAUUUAUCUCUGAAGGAUGCAGCCAGCGGGACGAGAGAGCRAGCGCAGUGGACAAUCUUCCUAUGCUGUGUGUGUGAGGCGGCCAGGAAUCAUCACACAUUUGCCAAAUAACCCUCGGUCAUCAACAAGAAUGUGCUACCAUGAAGAAACAGUCAGUGACGACGUUAUGCUUUCAUUAAAAUGAGAUCACUGUGCCUGUGUCCGGCUUUGACGCUGACAGCAGCAGCAGCAGCAGCAGCAGCAGGCGCUUCUGGUGGUUCUGGUUGUCAUUGUUUUGCUGAAAGAUGUAAAUAAAAAGCGGUUCUUUACCGAGGCGAGAUCCUGAGAGAGAUGAAGAAGUUCUUCUCAGAAAAAGAUUGUGAGCCAUUAUUAUUAAUAUUAUUGUUAUUAUCACGUCAAAGUCCCCAUCUGGAAUGGGGGAGGAGGGUAUUUUCAACACUCGGCAGCAUUGAUGAUGUUACUCAAACUGUGGGUUGAACAAAAACCUGGUUUCUUACGGUGAAGAUGAUGAUAAAUCUAUUUUCAGUAUUUCCCUUUCAGGCUCGUCAUUUUGCCCUCGAUGAAGCUCACUGCUGCUUCCUCAGCCUCCAUCGACACUUUGGGCUAAGCUGCAUUUUUCUUUCUUUUGGUAAAAGUUCAACGGGCAGAUGUACAUUUCUGUAUAGUGUAAGUAGGAUGUAAAAAAGGAGGAAGAGGAAGGAAGAACAGAUGCUAUCUAGGUCACGCAGAUUGAUGCGGAGGAAUCUGUGUCAGCCAUCUUUAAUGCUGUAAUUUCUGGACUUUGGAAGGAGGGUUAGGUUAUUUAACUGGCAACAACCAACAAUGUUGCCCAACUCUUUUACUGCAACGUUAACUCUGACUGUGCACCAUUUCUCAUUGCUCUUUUUGUUAAGUAUUGCACCUUUUGGAGUUUAUUUUUUCUUUUCUUUUUGACAGUGAAACCCUUUUGGAUCUGAAAAAGUAAACUUGGGAAGAAAACAAAACAAAGGAACAGGCUCUGAAGAUGUUAUUGUUUUUCAUUCUGUGUAUCAGUUGUAUGCUCAUGUUCUGUGCAUGUUUCUUCAAAGACCGGAUGAGAUGACAAAAUACCUACAAUUGCACUUGACAGCUGCACUUCACAACUUUCAAUAAACCUGCUUAAAAGUA